ACACACUCACACUCACCUAAUCUUGAUCGUGAACCACAAACUGAUACCAAACAGAAACACUUUCUUCAGUCCACUUCUAGCGGCGGAGCACAUCACAGCCCAACCAAACCAAACCGAAUCCAUUUCUUUGCUCGGCCAUGGCGGCGGUCUCUACUUCUCUCGCUUCUCAACUCUCACCUCUCCGAUUCUCCUCUUCCAACUCCGAUACUUCUCACUCUCUCUUUCACAACGUCCACUCACAAAUACGCCUUGCUUCCUCCCGGAAAGUUUCCCGUGGCGUUGUCGCUAUGGCCGGUUCCGGCAAGUUCUUCGUUGGUGGAAACUGGAAAUGUAAUGGUACAAAGGAGUCUAUAGCCAAGCUUGUCUCAGACUUGAACAAUGCAAAGUUGGAGGAUGAUGUUGAUGUCGUUGUAGCACCUCCAUUUGUCUACAUUGAGCAGGUGAAGAGCUCAUUGACAUCUAGGAUUGAGAUUUCUGCCCAAAACUCAUGGGUGAGCAAGGGUGGCGCUUUUACUGGAGAAAUCAGUGUUGAACAAUUGAAAGAUAUAGGCUGCAAAUGGGUCAUCCUUGGCCACUCUGAACGGAGACAUGUCAUUGGUGAAGAUGAUCAGUUUAUAGGAAAGAAGGCUGCCUAUGCCUUGAGCGAGGGUCUUGGAGUAAUAGCUUGCAUUGGAGAAUUACUAGAGGAAAGGGAAGCUGGGAAAACUUUUGAUGUUUGCUUUCAACAAUUGAAAGCUUAUGCAGAUGCUGUUCCGAGUUGGGAUAGUAUCGUUAUUGCAUAUGAGCCAGUAUGGGCCAUUGGAACUGGCAAAGUGGCUACACCCGAGCAAGCACAGGAAGUGCAUGCAGCAAUUCGUGACUGGCUUAAGAAGAACGUAUCAUCAGAAGUAGCUUCUAAAACACGAAUCAUUUAUGGAGGUUCUGUGAAUGGAAGUAAUUGUGCUGAGCUUGCAAAAAAAGAGGAUAUAGAUGGAUUUCUAGUCGGCGGUGCUUCAUUGAAGGGUCCUGAAUUUGGAACUAUCGUUAACUCGGUUACUGCCAAGAAAGUUGCUGCUUGAUAAUUUUUUAGGAGCCCCCAGUGUCGAGCAAAAAAGGAAAGGAUGGCAAUGUUUUGUAUUCAUAACAAAUAUCCCUUGGGUUUUGUUUCCAUGCUAAUCAAGUUUUCGGCGUGUUUAGGGUCUUCUUUCAAUGAAGGCAAGAAAAUAAUAUCCUUCUGUUGUAUUCCUGAGGCUACUUUGCUAUUGAAUACUAGAGCACAUAAAUUAUUGGAUCCAGAUUAUUUCUUCUGCUUAAUAA